AAGAAAUAUAUAAUCAAUCAAGUUAAAAGUCUCUUCUUCUUUCCCGGAAAAUACUCUCAAUUUUUGACUUGCUCAAUUUUUUUGCUUCUUCCCUUCAAUCUCUCUUAUACCCACAAAAAUCAAAACCACAACAACCCUAACCCUAAAAUCUCAGAUUUCUGAAUCCUCCGACGAAAAUGUCACACCUUGAUGAUCUUCCUCCCACUCCCGGAAAGUACAAAACCGAUAAAGUCCCGCCGUACUGGAUGAUUCUCCACCACCACCGUUACCUCCGUCUCUCGAAACUAACUCUUUGGGCUUCUCUCUUCCUCGCUCUCUUCCUCUUCUACCUAAUCCUAUCCCCUCCUCCGUCACCAUCUCGCCGCAAUCUCAACGACUCUUCCUCCGUUUCCGCCGCCAAAUACGGCGGCUCUCACUGGGAGAAACAAGUCCGCAAAUCCGCUCGUCCGAGGUCUCCCGGCGGUUUAACCGUUCUAGUCACCGGAGCAUCCGGGUUCGUCGGUACCCACGUCUCGAUCGCGUUACGGAGACGCGGCGACGGUGUUCUAGGUCUUGACAAUUUCAAUCGGUACUACGAUCCGAAGCUUAAACGAGCGAGACAAGGGCUUUUGGAACGAUCAGGUGUGUUCGUUGUAGAAGGCGAUAUAAACGACGCCGUAUUGCUUCGGAAGCUCUUUGAUGUUGUCCUCUUCACUCACGUGAUGCAUCUCGCUGCUCAAGCCGGUGUGCGUUACGCAAUGCAGAACCCUGGAUCGUAUGUGAACAGUAACAUUGCUGGGUUUGUGAAUCUCUUAGAAGUAUCCAAAUCAGCGAAUCCUCAGCCUGCGAUUGUGUGGGCUUCGUCUAGCUCUGUUUAUGGACUCAAUUCCAAAGUACCCUUUUCGGAGAAAGACCGAACUGAUCAGCCUGCGAGUUUAUACGCAGCUACUAAGAAAGCAGGUGAAGGCAUUGCGCAUACUUAUAACCAUAUCUAUGGUUUGUCACUAACGGGUUUGAGGUUUUUCACUGUUUAUGGACCUUGGGGUAGACCUGACAUGGCCUACUUCUUCUUUACUAAAGAUAUACUUAAAGGGAAGACGAUUACUGUGUUUGAGUCACCUGAUAAAGGUAGUGUUGCUAGGGAUUUCACUUACAUUGAUGAUAUUGUGAAAGGUUGUUUAGGUGCGUUAGAUACUGCUGAGAAGAGUACUGGUAGUGGUGGGAAGAAGAAAGGUUCUGCUAUGUUUAGGAUUUAUAAUUUGGGGAAUACUUCUCCUGUUCCUGUUACUAAGCUUGUGACUAUAUUGGAGAAGCUUUUGAAGACGAAAGCUAAGAAAAAGAUCAUGCCUUUACCUAGGAAUGGGGAUGUUGAGUUCACUCAUGCGAAUAUCACGUUAGCGCAAGCAGAGCUUGGUUAUAAACCCACGGUUGAUCUUGAGACUGGUUUGAAAAAGUUUGUGAAAUGGUACAUGGGGUUUUACACGAAGAAGAAGAGUUCUUGGUGAGCUUUUUUGGGGCUCGCUCUACGUUAAGCUUUUGGAACCGAGCACUUGCAUCGCUUGGGAAAGAUGGCUCUCAGUCUUAAUGGACAAAACACUUGGUUAUCUCAACAUAAGGCUAUUUUCACAUAUCUGCAUUGUUUCUGUGUUGCUAGAUUUUGCUUCAUUUUAUUUGUUAGUAGAUUUUGAGCAAUGUACAGCUUCAUCACUUAGGUUUGUUUCAAUUGUGGGAAAACUUAAUUGUCUUUUCCAUCAUGGCUGAAGAAUAAAUUAGCUUGGAUUUUGAUGCAUAUACUCUGUAGUAAACUCGAUCUAUUUUGUCACCUUGUUUCUUGUGAAUCCAAACAUAUCUUUUAUC